CCGCCACCUCCUCUUCCUCCCCUUCCUCCUCCUGCUCCUCCCUCUUCCUCCUUCUACUCCCAGUCGAAGCCGAGGCCAAAAUCCGGACGCUUUGUUUACAAGACGACAGACGAAAAUUUGCAGGAAAGACCUCCACUGUGUGAUCUUCCCCCGUGUGACCCCUGAGUAAGCCAAGGCCGCGGCAGGAUGGGUGACACAGCGCUCAAGUCCUGGGUGGGUCAGCAGCUGCACAGGGUGAUGGGGAUGAGCGACGCCACACUGGCCGAGUACCUCAUUGAGUUGUCUCGGCGCCGUGCCUCUCCUGCGCUGGUGCUGGCCGAGCUGAGGGAGGAGGUGCCUGUCGACGGGAAGAUUGAAGCCUUUGUUGAGGAGUUGUUUCGGCGUGUUAAUGAUGUCGGCGGCAGCAGCAGCAGCAAAGGCGGCACAUCACAGAGGAGAGAGGCGGGGCGGGGGGAACAGAGGAAGCGCAAGGCAGAGGACAGCUCAGACUCCGAGGGAGAGGGCCCACAGCUGCUCAGCCUGCCAGGGAGGAUGAAGGAGGAGCUGACAGAGGAGCAGCAACGUGUCAUGGACCUGGCGGAGCGGGACGAGUAUGCCAAGCGGCUGAGGGAGCGUGAUGAGGCGAGGACCAAGAACGUGGCAGAGAAGGGUGACCAGAAGGCAUUCGAGGAGGCUGCGCGGCGCCUGCAGCUGGAGAAGGAAGACCGAACCAAGGCCCUGCCCAAGCUACGGGUAGAGUCGCGGCGGAAGUACCUGGUGAAGCGGAAGGAUGACAAGAUCCGGGAGCUGGAGGCAGACAUCCAGGAUGAUGAGUACCUCUUUGAAGACAAGGACCUCACGGAGAAGGAGCGCAAGGAGCGGGAGUACCGGCGGACGGUGCUGCAGCUCGCCAAGGACUAUGAGAAGGUGAGGGACGCAGAGAACGUGCAGCGCUACGUCAUGCCGGAGGAGGGCGCCAGCGUGGAUGAUUCCUACGUGGAGGUGGACGAGAGGGAGAAGAAGCGCGGCUACGAGCAGCGCAAGUGGGAGGAGGACCAGAUGCGCGGCACGGCGCUGUCCUUUGGGGCGCGGGACAAGGCGCAGCACCGCCAUGACAAGGAGUACAACCUGGUGCUGGAGGAUGAGAUCGAGUUUAUCAAGUCACUGCCGCUCAAGGGAACCCGCAAGAAGACCAAAAAGAAGAAGAAGAAGAAGGAAGAGGACUCCGACUCCAGUUCAUCCUCAGAUGAUGGGGAUGAGGAAGAGGAGGGGGGAGAGGAGGAGGAGGAGGAGGAGGAGGAGGAGGAUAUGAUGAAAGCUCCAGACAACACAAAGAUGAGCAUUCAGGAGGUGAGACGCAGCCUUCCUGUGUUCCCGUUCCGAGACUCCCUGCUGGGCGCCAUCCGGGACCACCAGGUGCUCAUCGUGGAGGGGGAGACCGGCUCCGGCAAGACCACGCAAAUCCCUCAGUACCUGUACGAGGCCGGCUACUGCGACGACGGCAAGAAGGUCGGGUGCACGCAGCCGCGGCGCGUGGCAGCCAUGAGUGUGGCGUCCCGUGUGGCACAGGAGAUGGACAAGAAGUUGGGCAAUGAGGUGGGCUACAGCAUCAGGUUUGAGGACUGCACCAGUGAGCGGACGCGCAUCAAGUACAUGACGGACGGCAUGCUGAUGAGAGAGUUCCUGGUGGACCCGAGUCUGGAGGGCUACAGCGUCAUCAUCGUGGACGAGGCACAUGAGCGCACGCUGCACACUGACAUCCUGUUCGGCCUGCUCAAGGACGUGGCGCGCUUCAGGCCGGACCUCAAGCUGCUUGUGUCCAGUGCCACUCUCGACUCGGAAAAGUUCUCUGAUUUCUUCGACGAGGCGCCGGUAUUCCGCAUUCCUGGUCGGCGCUACCCGGUGCACAUCUACUACACGCGCAGCCCCGAGGCAAACUACAUCGAGGCGGCAGCCGUGACGGUGUUGCAGAUCCACAUCACGCAGCGCCUUGGUGACGUGCUGGUGUUCCUCACCGGCCAGGAGGAGAUCGAGGCGUGCCAGGAGAUCCUGACGGAGCGUGUCAAGGCACUGGGCAGCAGGAUCCGGGAGCUCAUCGUGUUGCCCAUCUAUGCCAACCUGCCCUCUGAGAUGCAGGCCAAGAUCUUUGAGGCCACGCCACCAGGGGCCAGGAAGGUGGUGCUGGCCACCAACAUUGCUGAGACCUCCCUCACCAUCGAUGGCAUCGUGUACGUCAUUGACCCGGGCUAUGCCAAGCAGAACUAUUUCAACGCCCGCAGCGGCAUGGAAUCCCUGGUUGUGGUGCCCAUCUCCCGCGCCUCUGCUAACCAGCGGGCGGGCCGUGCCGGCCGGGUGGGGCCGGGCAAGUGCUUCCGCCUGUACACCAAGUGGGCCUUUGAGAAUGAGAUGGAGGAAAACACGGUGCCAGAGAUCCAGCGCGUCAACCUGGGCAACGUGGUGCUGCAGCUCAAGUCCCUUGGCAUCGGCGACCUCAUCAACUUUGACUACCUGGACCCGCCGCCAGCCGAGACACUGAUCCUGGCCAUGGAGCAGCUGUAUGCCCUCAAGGCACUCAACCACAAGGGGGAGCUCACCCUGACGGGCCGCAAGAUGGCCGAGCUGCCGGUUGACCCCAUGAUGGCCCGCAUGAUCCUGGCUGCUGGGGAGUUUGGCGUGGUGGAGGAGGUGCUCACCGUGGCUGCCAUGCUGUCCGUCAACGGCGCCAUCUUCUACCGGCCCAAGGACAAGGCCAUCCAUGCUGACACGGCCCGCAAGAACUUCUUCCACCCAGACGGGGACCACCUCACCCUGAUGAAUGUGUACAGCGAGUGGGCGGGCACAGAGUACUCCUCCCAGUGGUGCUACGAGGUGUUCGUGCAGCACCGCUCCAUGAAGCGCGCCAGAGACAUACGGGACCAGCUGGCCGGCCUCAUGGAGCGUGUCGAGAUCCAGCUCACCUCCAACCCCGCCGACUCCAUGGCCAUCAGGAAGGCUGUCACCGCUGGCUACUUCUACCACGUGGCGCGCUUCAGCAAGGGUGGCAUGUACAAGACGGCCAAGAAGGGCCAGACCGUCAUGAUGCACCCGCAGUCCUGCCUGGCAGAGGACCUGCCACGCUGGGUGGUGUACCACGAGCUGGUGCUCACCACCAAGGAGUACAUGAGGAACGUGGUGGUGAUCGACGGCAAGUGGCUGCUGGAGGUGGCGCCGCACUACUACCGGGACAGUGAGGUGCAGGACACCACCUCCAAGAAGAUGCCCAAGGUGAAGGGCAAGGCCAAGGAGGAGCUCACCAAGGAGUAUGCUGACCCUGUCCCUUAGUGUGGUGCCAUGCUGAGGAAACGUGAUAUACCACGAAAAGGAGGAAGAAGAGCAAGGCCAAGGAGGAGCUUGCCAUGGAACAUCCUGGGCCUUUGUGUGGCACCAUGGUGAAUGAUGACUAAGAAAACAAGAUGUGGGAGAGGAAAAGAACCAGUUUACAGUAAAAAUGAAAGAGGAGAAGGAAGGGUAAGACCAAAAAGGAGCUCACCAUGGAACAUCUUAAUUCUGUCCCCUAAUAUGGCAUUACAGUGAAGGAUGAUGAAGAAAACAAGAUAUGGAAGAAAAGAGUCAGUUUACAGUAACAAAUGGAGGAGGAGGAGGAAGGCCAAGGAAGAGCUGACCAAGGAGUAUGUUAAGCCUGCCCCUUAGUGUGCUGUCAGGGUGCAGUGAAAGAAAUCAAGACAUGGAAAAAAGAAAAGAGCCAGUUUGCAGUAAAAGAUGAAGGAGAAGGAAGGAAGGCCAAGCAAGAAACAACUUACAAUGGAAAAGUUAAAGAAAUAAGGAGGAUGAACAGAAAACAGAAGAAAACAACAAAUUCACCGUGGGAUAAAGAAAAAGGAAGAAAUAGGAGACAGGAGAAAACACAAUAAGAAAAAAACAAAGGGAUAGAAAAAAACAAAAAAAAAAACACAAAGGAAAAAAACAAGAAAACAAUAACUCCUUUUCCUUCUUUAAUAGUGUAGUAUAAAUCUUGAAUACAUAAGGCCUGGGAGAGUAUGAUAGACCAGGUUAAUUAUCACACAGUUUAUAUAUGAGUCAGUACAGGAAGUUCACACACCUAUUCCUAUGUGACAAAGAGGAGUAAAAGGUGGUCCAGCCUCUCCUGUGCUUGGCUGUGAAGGAAAGCCAGUGCAUCGUGACAGUCCAGAUUAAUGAUCAUGUGGUUUAGUCAAUGCAGGAAAUUUAUGCUACCUGUUCCUGCAUGACAAAGAAUAAGUCUGAAAUUGUAUAGUUGAAUAAUGGAGCUGUGAAGUUUGAAAAGGAGACAAGAUGAAGAAUAAAUUAGUAAAGUGAAUAUUGAGAUUAAUGAAAGAGACAAGACAAAGAAUAUAAGACAAGAUGAAGAAUAAAUUAGUAAAGUGAACAAUAUUGAGAUUAACGAAGGAGACAAGACAAAGAAUAUAAGACAAGAUGAAGAAUAAAUUAGGAAAGUGAACAAUAUUGAGAUUAAUGAAGGAGACAAGAGAAAGAAUAUAUACAUAAAAUUUAAUGAAAUUUGGAGAAUAAUAGAGCAGGAUGAAGAGCAGCUCUGUAAAAUGGAGUGAAAGUUGAAGAGUAACUGGUUUGAAAAGCAAUAUUAAAAAUGGAUCAAUAAAACAGAAGAACAGGAAGACCAGUAAAGUUUGAAGGGACAAAAUGAAAAAUAAAUCUGUGAAAGGAAAUGCAAGUUGAGAAAUAAGUACACUGCUUUGAAAAUGGAGAAAAUAAGUAAUAAAUUAGUAAAAAGAAAUGAAAGAAAGAAUAAAAGAGCAGUAGAGUUUGAAGAGACAAAAUGAGAGAAAAAAAAAAAAAAAAAAAAAAGGCACAGUAAAAAUUGAAUGAACAUUGAAAAAUAAGUGAAGUUUGAAAGAAGCCAAGGUGAGGAAUAAAUGAAUAAAACACAAUAAAAACUGGAGAGAGAGAGAGAGAGAGAGAGAGAGAGAGAGAGAGAGAGAGAGAGAGAGAGAGAGAGAGAGAGAGAGAGAGAGAGAGAGAGAGAGAGAGAGA